AUGUCCGGAGCAGAGUUCGUGGCUGUUAUUGGCGCUAUUUCUUCAGUUAUAACGAUUGUCGAAUCUUGCCACAAAAUCACAAAGAUUAUUCGGCAAGGGCCAAACGAGUUUCUUAAGAAUCUAGAGCCCCAUAUAGAUCUGCUGGCACACGACAUUCAGCAACUCAGACGCCUGGACCUCAGAUCUCCGCGUCACAUCUUUCUGAAUGGAGUACUUGGAGGUUGCAAAGGAUACCUUGAACAGCUUACAACACUUAUCGAAGAAUAUAAAGAAGCAACAAACACCAAUGUUCCUUAUUCAAAACGCUUUGUGAGAGCUUUGAGAGCCUCAAAGUUGCAGAAGGACAUUCAGAACACUUGGACGAUCAUCAGUGAAUACAGAUCGACAAUUACACUUCAUCUGGCUGUCCAUAACUCUAUAAACGCUCUUCCUGCUCCAAAUUCUGACACGAAAGGACUAUUCGGUUUGCCUCCAAGGAAUGACAAACAUAUCAGAAGGCAGAAUGUACUGGAUACAAUUUUACAUGCAAUACGCAACGACAAUUCGCGGUCAUGUAUCUUGUCCAUUUUUGGCGUCGGCGGAAUAGGAAAAACACAAAUUGCGCUUGACCUUUGCUACCAGGUACAACAUCAAUACUCGGUGGUCGUUUGGAUAAGGGCAGACUCCGAUGUGAGGAUUACAGAGAGCAUCACGAGUUUCGCCAACCUGCUUUCUAAAGGCGGGAGAAGUCUCUGUACGAUGGAGGAUAGUCUAGCCUUCAUCAAAACGGUUGCCAAAACAAGAACGCGGCCGUGGUUCUUCGUUUUUGACGACUACGGGUCCACAACAGCCCUUCCCAGUAUUUGCUCGGCCGUCAUGGAUGGUUGUCAGCAAGAUGUGGUCCUCACAACCCAGCGAGAUAAACCAUCUUGGGGUUCGGCCAUUGAAAUACCACCUAUGUCAGAAGACGAUGGAUUACAGCUCCUUUUGCGAGAUUCAUUAUUGUCAUUGGGUCCAGAUGACUUGAAUUCUGCUAGGCACUUGGUUAGAGACUUAGGCGGGUUACCUCUCGCGGUAGCUCAGAUGGCGGCCUACCUAAACAGCAGUGGAAAACCCAUCCAUAAUGUGCUUCAGGAAUUCUUAGGGACUCAGCAUACUCUGUCUCUCACUGAGAGACAAAGACAAAGUUCUUACUCGUCCUCACUUGAUGAUAGUUUCAAGCUCGCCUUUCAAGAAAUUCGCAUCGCCGAUACAAACUUAUUCGACUUCCUUCUGCAACUGUCAGUUUUUGAUCCUGAUGGUGUUAAUGAGAGCCUAUUCCAGAACUAUUUCUUGAGUUUGAGAUCUCGCGGUGAUUAUCUCCCUGGAUAUUACACGUUGUUCUGCCGCAACGGUGAAUGGAGCUCUGAACAAUUUCUCGAUGCAACAAUGAGACUCUCAGCUUUCUCUGUGAUUCAGAUGUCUAGUGAACGGGAUACUUUGCUGAUUCAAAUGCACCGACUUACCCAAGGAGCGUUGCUAAAGUCCGUUGACCAGAGCAUUUUGCUCAGGGAGGUCUUUCGAGCAGCAGCAAUCAUCAGUGCCAGCUUAUCUAUGGAAGAUUGGGAGGGCUUUGCGUUGAGCUAUAGAAGGUUACUGCUCGGGAACAUACGUCAAUGGGUCGAUAUGCGAACGUGCCAUAUAAAGACGCCUUCUCAUGUACGGAUGCACAGCGGCAUUCUCGAAGGAUAUCAAACUGACAUGGCAACAUUUCUGGCAUUCAAUGACGAAGAAGAACUUGCGGAAAGACUACUUCUGGAUGCCCUUCAACUCCAGUCGUCAGAACUGGGGGAUUCAGCAACGCUGACAAGCACAACGAUGGUGUCUUUAGCAAAUCUUUAUUUGGAAGCUACAGAUCUUGAUAAAGCGGAGACAUUCACGACGAGACUUGCUGAAGUGAACCAACAAGCAAACGUAUCUAAGCCUUCCCUCCAACUUGUGCCUUUGCUAUUGCGUGGGCAGUUAGAGAUGCGGAGAGGAGAGCUCGGGAAAGCUUUGCAAACAUUUCAGAACUGUUCCGAGUUCUAUGGGACCGCAUUUGGCGCCUACGAUCUCAUUAUGUCGGCAUUUCUUGUGAAUGGCGCUGAAAUCCUCCUUAUCCAAGGCGAGCUCGAAGACGCCUCCCAACUCCUUUAUGAUGCGCAGUGUAUCGCACAAGCAUCAACCGACUCCCUCAGUCUAACCUGCCGUGUCAAGUGGAAUAUUGCGCGUCUUUCAGCUCUAAAGGGUGAAUAUGUUCGAGCUGUCAGGAAUUACCAGGAUUUGAUCGAGGAUUGCAGACUCCGAUUUGGUACUCAGAAUCCCAGGUGGCGUACGCUGCACUGCGAGCUGGGCGAUGUCUACCGAGAAUUAGGGAUCCCUGCCAAGUCGGAAGACUGCUACCGCAAUGGGUCCGCUACAGUCGCGCGGAAAAGGAGGCCGGUGAAAGUAGAACCCACUGAUAUAUCACAGGCCCUCCUCCACGGUUGUUUUCGUGGUGGUAGGACUUUCCUUGACUGUUGA